AAAAAGACAGUCCCAGAAAUCAUUGCUGGUUAACAAUUUCCUAUCACAUUCACAACAUGGUUGCCGCCUGACGAAAUUCCAUCAACACAACAGUUAUCCUCAUGCACAGAUUACGAGGAAUCCUGCAUCUGAAACCUUCAUUACUGGGGAAACAAACAGGGAAAGUCCCCAAAAACAUAAGGUGUGAAGGCCAACCUGUUUUUCAGGCAAGAAAUCUAGGGGUUUCCCCUAAAAAAUUGAAAAUGUCUGACAGAAAAGUUGCGAAAACGAGUGACUUUGGCGACAUAAAAAGAGAAGAUUCUUCAUCGCCGUCACAUGAAUCGCAAAGGCGUGCCAGCACUAAGUAUGGGGCAGACAAAGAAACAUAUCUAACAAUGCCCCUGGAAGAAAAGAGAAAAGUAUACAAAUGUGGCCGAGACUACAUCACACCAGACAAGAUUCAGAAUUGGCCUUUGUAUGUUCAGAACAGGCGUGGGAAGUAUAAGAAUAAAGGUGCAGAUAAAGUUCAGCCAAAAUUUGAAGUAAACCAGACAUUGAAUCAGAAGAUAGCCUUGUUCAGAGGAGACAUAACUAAAUUAGAGAUUGAUGCCAUAGUAAAUGCUGCCAAUAGCUCUCUAGCUGGCGGAGGUGGAGUUGAUGGAUCCAUCCAUUCUGCUGCUGGUCAAAGACUACUGCAGACAGAAUGUAAAACUUUGGGCGGCUGUAAGACUGGAGAGGCUAAGAUCACUGGAGGAUAUAAGCUGCCAGCCAAAUAUGUAAUCCAUACUGUUGGUCCAGUGGGUGAGAAUGAGGACAGAUUGAAAAGUUGCUACGUGUCUUGUCUGAACCUGAUGAAAGAGUACAAACUGAGGACAGUGGCGUUCCCCUGUAUAUCCACUGGCAUAUAUGGUUAUCCCAAUGAGCCUGCCUGCGAUACUGCACUUUCCUGUGUUAGAAACUGGCUUGAAGAGGGAGACAAUGCAGACACUGUUGACCUCAUAAUAUUUUGCCUAUUUCUCCCUGUGGAUGUUGGAUUCUAUGAGAGCAAGAUGUUGGAUUAUUUUCCUCUUCCAUCUGACUUUUAUGGAGGAGAUGGCGACAAUGGCAACAACACUUCCACUAAAGAUGAUAAAUCAAAAUCAGUGGAAAAGACGGCAGCAGCUGGUUCCAGCACCACCCAAGCUAAAGAUACAUCUGUGGAUGUUGCCAUGGAAUCACAGCCAGAGGAAGCUCUGGAAGAGACAUCUAACACCCAACCUAUGGCCUCACUAGAUAUGGAAGACGAUAACAUGCUCACUUCACACAGCUCUGAAUUAGACUCAAAAGAAGGCAACGGAAAUGAUGUGGAAAUUGAACAGGAAGGUCUUCAUAGCACUAGAGAAGAAGUAGCGUCUGGUGUUAAGAUUGACACCGAAUUGAAAGAUAGUUUGCCAAAUAAAGAGAAUCUUGACCAUGAGGAUGGUAUACAGGAUGAAGCACAAGACAGAAUGUAAACUCAUUUAAUUUACUUUCCAUAGCUCAAAGCUACAAAUAUGGUCAAAAAAAUUCAAGAAUAGAUAUGGGGAUGACAUAGGCCAGAACCUAAUACACAUAUCUGGACCUUGGGUGUAACUAUGAUAUAAUAUAAAUAUAAGUUGUAAACUUGCUGCCUUAAAGGCCGUAUCAAUCAUAUGUUUUCCAUUUUUUUGGAAAAUCCUGUCCUUAAUUGAAAUGAAUUGGAAGGAAAGUACUAUGAUAAUUGGUUUACAGAUGUUAUGUAUUAUACAUAAUUGAUUAAACAAUGAAAUGAGGUUUGAAUUUCCUUGAAAUAAUUUACAUAUUCUGGUAGCCUAGGAUAAGAAAAAAUCAUUAGUAUUGUUUUUAUUAUUACAGCAACUUGCUGUUUCUUUUGUAAAUAAUCUGUAUAUGGGUGGUGAUUAACAGUGCCCAGAUAAUAGACAAAGUGGGAAGUUAAAAUGUAUUGUGAAAAAUAAAAACGUACCAUGU